GAACGCCGCAUUAAUCACCCCUCGCCCGUGGGCGUGGUCUCGUCUAAAGGGGAGGAGUUGUUUGCGUGCGUGCGUGAGUUUGUGUGCGUGAUAUGUAUGUGUGUAUGUGUGUCCUUUCCGGCCGCAUGUGAUGAGCUGCAUGCAGUCUUUGCGGCCACUGUUUUCGCCUCCUCCUCUUCCUCCUCCUCUUCUUCUUGCCUCUGUCUAUCUGUCCAGUCCGGGUAUGUUGACCACCGUGACCUGAUCCACAGCUGCCGAGUGUCCCUUCGUCUCCAGGCUGCUACUCUCCGAUUUUGUCUCUGACGGCCGUAGCCUUCCUUCCACUGAUCUGGCUCAAAGGUACCACUCUGUCCAUCUUGUAUCAAAACUGACCCAUCCAGAGCAAAUUGUACGACAGAGCUGAGAGACACAAAACAUGGCUGUGGCCGGAUGUCCGGAUUAUUUCCUGCAUCAUCCGAAUUAUCAGGACAACAUAGACCGGUCCUCCAGUCACAGACAAGCUGACCUCAUUGGUCCAGCCUUCCAGCAAUCAGCCAGUCGAAGUUCACCUAACCAUCAAGAGGAUGACGUUGAUUUAGAGGCCCUGGUGAAUGAUAUGAACUCUUCAUUGGAGAGCCUGUAUUCCACCUGCAGUGGUCAGCAAACAGAGUCCACCCCACUACUGCACAAUGGACAGGCCUCUUCCUCACAGCAACACCAUCACCAUCACCAUCACCACACGCAACUCAGCCAGCCUCGGCAGGGUCAGCACUCAAAUACGCUAAGCCACGUCUCCCCGGAGCCAACUUCCUCCUCCUCCUCGUCUGUGGAGUCACACCAAACUGGCCUCCGACGGUCACAACCCAUGCACAUCCUCGCUGUCAGGAGGCUGCAGGAGGAGGAGCAGCAGCUGAGGACUUCAUCUCUCCCGGCCAUCCCAAACCCCUUCCCUGAGCUUUGCAGUCCAGCCAGCUCCCCUGUCCUCAGUCCUGGCUCUCUGCCUCCUGGAGAGCCCUCUACUUGCAACUAUAUUGUGAAGAUCUUCAGUGAAGAUGGCAUGGGUAAAGUGGUGGAGAUCCCAGCCGACAUGACAGCCAGAGACCUGUGCCAGCUCCUGGUUUAUAAAAGCCAUUGUGUGGACGACAACAGUUGGGCACUUGUUGAACACCACCCGCUGCUAGGACUCGAGCGCUGUCUAGAAGACCACGAGCUGGUGGUUCAGGUCCAGGCCUCUAUGAACAGUGACAGUAGAUUCCUCUUCAGGAAGAACUAUGCCAAAUAUGAAUUCUUCAGAAACCCCCUGACAUUUUUCCCAGAGCACAUGGUUGCAUGGUGCCAGGAAACCAGUCGUACGAUUCCACCAUCUCAGCUCCUCCAGAACUUCCUGGCGACCAGUAGUUGUCCAGAGAUCCAAGGGUAUCUGUAUGUGAAGGAGGUGGGAAGGAAGUCCUGGAAGAAAGUUUACAUGUUCCUGCGGCGCUCAGGACUCUACUGCUCUACAAAAGGAACUUCAAAGGAGCCCAGACAUCUACAGUUACUAGCAGACCUUGAAGACAGCAACAUCUUCACUGUCACCACAGGCAAAAAGCAGCAUGGUGCACCCACAGACUAUGAGUUCUGUAUUAAGCCCAAUAAAGGUCGAGGAGAAAUGAAGGAGUUGAGGAUGCUGUGUGCCGAGGACGAACAGGGCAGGACUUGUUGGAUGACGGCCUUCCGACUCUUUAAGUAUGGGAUUGUAUUGUACCAGAAUUACAAGAUUCCUCAACAAAGAAAAACCUUACUUUCGCACUUCUCAGCACCUAUGCGGAGCGUAUCGGAGAACUCCCUUGUGGCAAUGGAUUUCUCAGGGAGGAUAGGCAGGGUGAUUGACAACCCUGUGGAAGCUCAGAGCGCUGCCAUGGAGGAGGGACAUGCAUGGAGGAAGAGGAGUCAACGAAUGAACAUAUUAGGCUCCCACAGUCCAUUACACCACUCCUCACUAAGCUCAGUCAUCCACAUAGCUCAGUUGUGGUUCCAUGGCAGGAUAACCAGAGAAGAAUCCCAUCGCAUUAUCCACCAGCAGGGACAAGUAGAUGGGUUGUUUCUGCUGAGAGUCAGUCAGAGUAAUCCCAAGGCAUUUGUGCUCACAUUGUGCCAUCACCAGAAGAUCAAACAUUUUCAGAUACUACCGUGUGAAGAGGAUGGCCAAAUCUUCUUCAGCCUUGAUGACGGCGCCACCAAAUUCACCGACCUGAUUCAGUUGGUGGAGUUCUACCAGCUCAACAGAGGAGUGCUGCCUUGUAAACUCAAACACCCAUGCACCGUUGUGGCCUUAUGACAUCUUCAGAUCAUCUGACCCCAUUACCCCCGCCACUUGACCUGACUCUGCCUAAAACAAACAAAACAACGAGAACCUUUCUGUUGCUUGGUUCUUGUUUUUAUCUUUAUAAAAAGCUGGUGAAUUGACUGACGUUUCAUUGUUCUCAUUUUAUAUUGUCGUGAGUCCCCUGGAGACUGCUGACCUGUUGGAUUCCUUUUGGUUUGCAUGGAUGGUUAAGGAAUCGGAUGCACAACUUUGCCCGUGAGGUUCCACAGUCAAGAAGAGAGACGAUAAAGGAAAUGAACACUGCCGUUUGAAUCAAUGCUGUUGCAAAAUCUUCCACAAUCUCGCUACCCAUAGUCAUCAAUAAGCUCAAGUGUUGACUGUAUUUCCCCUUCAACUGGACAAUCAGCAGGACAUUUCAGUUCGUGUGGACCAGUGUGAUCUCUGAGAACAAACAGUAGUCUCAUUCAGACUUCAUUACACGUCCUCAAAUAAUAUACUGUAGAUGGAGAGUUGAUUGUCUCUUAGUUUUGCACUCAUUGAACUGGGAAUGGCCUUUGACCGUGCAUGACUUCUCCGCUGUUGCAUACUUAACUGUGAGAUGGUGCCAUCGCCCUCUAGUGUCGUAGGCAUGUCAAGAUGCUACAUGGAUGGGAAUCGGAGGUGCCAGAAAGAGUGUUGCUUUAAAAUCCCUUUGGAGUUUGGAAAUAUCAGUAGUUCGUCAAGUCAAGCUAGCCUGGAGAAAAUAGCAAAGGAAAAAUCUGGAACUGUUGAAACAUAAGUAUUUUUAGCAGUCGAUACAAAAUCUGCUUUGUCCACCUGCACAGAAAUGUGUUUGCUCAUCUCUGGCCGUGCAGAAUUUGUGUUCUUCAUGAUACAUUCAUUGCGUUACUUUUUGUUAUCAAUAUGCAUACUGGAUGGCUGCAACUCUUCAUUAUUCAUAAGCUAAAAUAAGGCAGUUCUGUACUCAUUAUUACUUGUUAUUCUGUUGCACACACCAGUUUAAGUACUCACCACAAAGACAGAAAAAGCAUUAAGCAAAUCAUGGUGUCAUUCAGGGUGAAACAAAAAGUCAUAAAGCUCAAAAAAGUAAUCGGCUGAAACACAACACAGGGAGGGAUAAUCACAAGUUUUUCCGUUGACAGCAGAUGAACUGAAACAAAAAUGAUUAACCGUUGUCACACGAAAUUAGAUCAGCCUAGAGAUAAAGUUCUGUUCUUGUUCUGAACCCCCUUUUUACACAUUUCAUUUACCUUUCCACAAAUUGCCUCCUGUUUGUUAAGUCAGUGAUGCUGUAAAACAUAAAUGUAGCUAGGAACAUGGUUCAGUGUGUUCUGACUACACACUGAUAGUACUCUCUGCAUUACAUUCCAUAUAAUGCGGCCUUCUUAUGCCUGGAAGUACUUGGGAACCAAAUGUAUCACGUAUACACCUACUGCCUACUGCAUGCCACCUCUGUAUGAUUUCAGACAGACUGCCUAUGAAAAGUUAGCUGCUGUUACUCCAGUGUAAGGAGAGAAGAAUACUGUAAACAAAUGAUAGCUGCCUCCUUCUCUGUCUCUAGAAAAUCCGAAAGAAAUGGGACAUAAAACAGUUGAAGUGCACUGAAUAAACCUACCUUUUGUUCCAAUUUAAGCCAAAAUCAAUUAGCAAAGUCAGUCAAAAAAACAUUAAAAUGGAUUUCCCUUUGUAUUUUGGCAAAGUCUGCGGUGGAGCUGUAAUUAACUACAGUGAAAGGAAUAUUUCAACACGGUGUCACUAGAAAACCUGGAUCAGAUUUCUUUUUGAGGAGAUAGGGAUACUUUUUCAGCACCUGUUGAUUAUUAGCAUGAAGGACAAACCCCAGCCAUCUCAAAUUCUGGCAAGACAAACAGUAGAUAAAUGUCUAAAGUUAUUGGAAGUAUUUCUGAUCAUGUUUUAUCCUCAGAGUGUGUCGCUCUCAGUUUGGUUCAUAACCACCAUUAUUGAUAUAUCUCACUACAAACAGUUGCUAUUUUUUGUUAUCUCAUGGCUCAUUUAGGCCAAGCUUUGAUGGUAGCUCUGUUUCUGUCACCAGCCAAUAGGCAGUUAGAUAUCUGUGUGUGCUUACCUGUAAUGCAACAUCAACAGCCAUGAUUUAUAUACCUGCAGGUUGUCUUAAAGUAUAUUUAACAUCUGAGAUGCAGAAUAGCUGCACCAUUUUGACCCUCUGUGCAUGGUCACCGUUAUUUAUGUGAGAUGCAAUGACUCAAUCAUUUUUUUAAAGUAUUGUUGCAUCAAAAUGUAUUUAUUUAUCUGGAUGUGACUGAUUACUUGAAGAUUUUAGAUUCCUUUUUCUUGGCGCUGUUCUGUACUGUUUUCUUUUGUCAUUACCAUGAAAUGAUUGACCAGUGUGAUUUGCUAUAAUUCUUUUUAUUAUUGUAAUGACAUAGCACCUAUUGAUGUUUUUUUUUUUUUUACUUUAAUUCAGAAACUACUUAGUGAUCAUCAACACUUGUGUUAAAGCACACUGGCUUCCAUAGUGUUAACAUUGCCAUUACAAGAGAUGACAGGUGGAAAGUUGUGAAAGUUAAACGAAACAAUACCUGAGUUUCCAGCAUCAGUUACAAAGUUUUUUUACCCUUCACAAUGUGGUUCUUACUUCUCCCAGAUCUAGAAAAUUAUCUUUUACAAAUUCCACUCAUUAUGUUAAAAAACCUCAAGUUUUCACUUCAUCAUCACAGUUUUUUGGUGACCUAAACUAGGAAAAACAGAUGUCAUUUAAAGAAGUGAAACAAAUGUUUUGGGAAACUGGGUCAAAUAAGCCUCAACAUUUUCAUAAUUCAAUUUAAACACUUGGCCUUGAAAGAAGUGUAGAAAUUUAGAUGUAAUUCAUACCAGAGUGUCAAUGUUAAAUAAGUUACAGCAUUGAUCUUUCAGCAGAAUGAAGUUAGUAUAAAGUUAAUAUAGUACGUAGGUUUAAUCAUUUGCAUGAAUGGGGGUUUUGAGUUUAGUGUGUAGGGAUUCUGUCACUGAUAUUUCAGGUAAAUAUUUGGAAAAAUCAAUCUGGAAAUGUUGAUUCUAGUUGUUUCUAAAAUCUUUUCAUUAGAGUCCCCUGAGAUUUGAUUCAGUGUACCCGCUCUGGAGUCAUCCUCAAACUCCCAGUGUUACACUUUUUCCCCUGACUGAGGUGAAUGGUAACAGAAGUUACCAUGUUAGAGACUGGUGGCCUUUAAGGUGGAGUUAUUCAUAUAAAACUGCUAUAGUCACACAGUCUCACUCUAAGUACAAAAGGCAGAAAGUAACUAGCGAACACAUUAUAAAGAAAUCACAGUUGGAUAGUGGAUAUCCACAUUUUUACUCUUAAAUGUAAAUGAAUGUAACUGGGUUGCUCAGGGUUGACAUGGAGCAUGUUAGAAACUACUGGUCCAUGAGAUCUGUUGAACGUUCAUGUACAAGAUGAUGAUGGAUUCAUCAACAUUUUACUUUCAUUAAGCUGGUAGUUGUUAUGUUAACAGACUUUUCUCAGAUAUGUGCACCAUCAGUCUGCUAGUUGUGAUUACUUGAGAAGUAUCCUUGUAGCAAAACUGAGCAGAUCCAGUACUAUUUUAUGAGUACUGUUAACAGUGUGGUCAGUACUAUGAACAGGUGCAUCAACAGGUGACUAAUUCAGAAAACAUCCUUAAUAUUUAUGCUGUCAAUUAAAUACAAGAUUUUUUUAAUCUAAUCUGGUCAAUUUCAUCAUAUCAUGUUGUGUCUUACAGGUAUAAUCAGUUACACUCAAAUGUCUAAUUACAAUAAGUGGAGUGCAGUGUCAGUUUUGGUAGCCAGGUAACUUGCAACAACAGAUGGUGCUUCUGAUGACUCCCUGUCUGCAAAAACCAGGCCGAACAUGUGGACCAAAUGACGGACAAAGUUAUACUAUACGGGGGACUGCUAAAAAAAAAAAAAAAAAACAAAAUACAAUUUUAUUACUCAGUGACAUUGAUCCAAAUUAUUCUGCCUAUAGGUGAUUGAGAAUGAAGGCUUGUAUUUUUAGUUUAAGUUUCAGUUUACUAUUGGAGUUGAAAGUUGCCCCGAUCCUGCAAAAAUGGAUUAACUUAUUAUCGUCUUGACUCGCAUUUUCAUAACACUGUCACAAUGCAAGAUACCAUGGCUGUACAAAUAAGUAAAGUAAAAAUAUAUCUAUAUAUAAAAAUAUAAACUAUUAUGUAUUUCAGGGAAUGCAAAAAAGAAAACAGUAACUUAUCUCUUUUUUGAGAGGGCUCCUGUAUUCUAAAUGUGCUUUGCUUCAAUCUGUAAAUAGUUGAAUGGCUUAUAAAUCUUAUUGUAACCUUUUCAGGUAUUUUUGUACAAAUAAGGGACUGAUAUAUUCUGUUUAUUGUAAUUAGAAUGAAACAUUAAUACAUUGAUAUAAAAACUUGUCUUUGUCUUUAUUAAGGGAAACAUUUCCCAAAUAAAGAUUAUAACACUG